AUGUUUGAAAGUCACUGUUUUCAUUUAACUUCUGUUUUAGAAAGAACAAGUAAAGAAAUUAAUUUCAUUCAUUAUGAUUGUGUUGAUCAAUAAAAUAUGAAAAUUAAAAAGAUUGUUUAAUUUAUAAGUAAAGAUAACCAACCCUAUUAUUUUGAAGUAUAUCUUGAUUCUUUAAAAUAUGAAAAUUAUUGGUAUUUUUUUGGAAUGUCAAUCAUGCCAUUUGAAAAAUAAUUUGUGUUUAGUAUAUUUUAAAAUGGUAAUUUACAAAAACAUUAAGAAAUUGAAAUAGAAUUACCCUUUAAAAAUCAUGAUUUAGAAAUUGUAAUUGGUGGUGGCCUAUAAGUAGAUGAAAAAUAAUAUUAAAAUUCAAGUGGUUAAAAACUUUCAUAUUUUCCUGGCAAAUUAGACUUAUACCAUCCAUUUAAAAUAAAUAAAUUACCAAUAAGUUUAUAAGAAUUUUUUCUAAGCAUUUCUACUAUGUAUAAUCCGAAAUGCAUUCCUAAAUCUAAUCAAAUUUAAAAUUUUCCUGAUUUUGAAAUAAAUAAAUUGAAUACCUAAGUUUUUGCUUCUGAAAAUAAAAAUUGUGAUUCAUUUUCUUUGGAAACAUGGAUUAAAAUCUAAGAUUUCCAUCUUGAGGAAUCUGUUUCCUUGUUUUAAUUAUUAAAAUUAUCAUCUAAUUUUGAGAAUAUAUAUGCCAAUAAUGAAAACUUAUCAGCAUUUUAAUUAUUUUAUGAAUUUUAAAAUUCUGAAAUAAAACUAAUAGUUAGUACUUAUAGCUAUUUAUUUCCCCUUGUUAACUUUAAUUUUGAAAAAGAAAAUUUUUUGAUAAAAAAAGAAUGGAUAAUAAAUGAUAAUUUAAAAUAAUGGCAUUUUUUAUCAGUUAUUUUAAGAGAUAAUUUAAUCACGAUAUAGUUAACAUUUUAUAAAGGAUUUGAUUAACAAUUUUAUGAAACAUAAAUUUAAGUUAAUUAAUUUCAUGAAGUUUAAUUUAAAUUAUAAUUAGGAAAUAUUUUUUAAUCAUUAAAUAAUUACUUGAUUGGUAUUUUAUAAAAUAUCAAAUUUACAAAUUUUGCUCCUUAAUUAAAUAGUAUAAAAAGUUGUCAUUAUAGUUGUAAAGAAUGUGAUGGUCCUACUUAUACAGAUUGUUUAUCUUGUUUAGAAGAAUCUUAAAGAAUAUAUCUUAAACAAUUUAAAGUAUGUGUUUGCCCAUAUGAUUUUGUUGAUGAUAUUGAAUGUAAAAAUUUUGAAUAUUUUUAAUUAUCAACUAAAAAACAACUUUAAUUUAAUAUAGAAUAAAAUUGUCCUUAAGGAUAUUUCAAUCAGGAUGAAGUUUGUUUAAGAUGGUAAUAAAUUAUAAUUUAUAUAGUCCCUCCCUUAUUUUCGAUAAUUCAAUAACAUGCACAGAAUGCAUUUAAAAUCCAAAAGAAUGGUAAUAUAAUCCUUAUUGUUAAACAAAUCUUUAUAUUGAUAAUUUAGGAAGUCCAGCUUAAUAUAUUAUUAAUGAUUUAAAGAUAUUUUAUAUAUUUGAUGGAAUUGAUCUUAAGCCAAGUUUAUAGUAGUUAAAUGACUAAUAAGAGAAAAUUGAAAAUACUUUUUUUGAUUAUGCAAAAACAACUUAAAAUUUUAAUUAUUUAUGCUCUUUUUCUACUAUAAUGGAUUGUUAUCCUUGUACCAUUGAGAAUUGUGAAGUUUGUGGCUUCUAAUUAACGAAAUUUAUUUGCAUAAAAUGCUCUUAUAUUGCUAAAUUAGUUGAUGGAUCUUGCAUAUUAAAAAUUAAAGGCUAAAUAAAAUUAAAUAAUUGUACUACUCCUUAUUACAUUUCUUCUGAAAAGAGUUGCAAAUUAUGCAAAAUAGAAUAUUGCUAAUAUUGUUUUGAAUAUCUCAUGAAUGAUUUAACAAAAUGUACACUUUAUUAUAAUUUUUAAUCGUUCCCAAUUGAUGAAUUUCUUAACAUAGGAUGUGCAUUAUGUGAUGUAGGAUUUAUAUUUGAUUUUCAGAAAGGAAAAUGCUUAUUUAAAGAUUCUAAAUUACCUUAUUGUUUAAGAUCAUUUAUAAAUUUAUCAGGUUAAGAAUUAUGUACUUUAUCAUCGAUUUAAGACUUUAAAGUUGCUCCAGAAAUAAUAAAUUGUUAAAAAUAUAUACCUAAAUGUAAAUAAUGUAUAUAAACUCCAUAAUCAAUAUUAAAAUGUAUUAUAUGUGAAGAUGGGUAUUCAAGUUCUUUAAUAACUGGUCAUUGUACAAUUUGUACUGUAAAAAAUGCUAAAUAUUGUAUAGAAGGAGAUUAUACGAAAUCAGAUGCAUGGAUAUAAUUAAUAUAAAGCUUUUUAAUGUUAUUUUUACCUAAUAAUUAUAUUUAUCCUAAAUCGCCUGAAACUUAAUAUAUAAUUUCUCUUCCAGUCUAAUGUAUCGAUAAAUAUGAAUUAAAUUAAUAAUAUUGUGACUUAUAUUGUGAUUAAAAUUGUGCUUCAUGUCAAAAAAUCUAAGAACCAAAAAAUGGAUUUAUUUGUAAAAAAUGCUUUUUAAAUUAUUAUAUGGAAUCUUAUAGAACUGUUGAAAAUGGGAAUUGUCUUGCUUGUCCUCCAUUAUGUUAGGUUUGUUAAUCAAGGACAAUUGAAGAAAUCUAAGUAUAAUAGUAAUAUCAUUUUAUAGAAUAUUAAUUCUUUAUUUGUUAUAACUGACUAAAAUAAAAUAUAUACUUUAAAAUGUAUUAAAAAAUAUCCUGAUUCAAAUAUUUUUUUGGAUCCUUAUUAUUAAACAGUUAAAUAUUGCAUUAAUGGUCAAUGUGAAUAUCUUUUUUCAUACUAAGUAAGACUUUAAUAAUUUUUUAGAUUGAAAACAAUUGUUAAUAAUUAUUAGAAAUAUUUUAUGAAGAAAUGCUCUUUUUUUUUAUGAAUAAAUUUAAUUCUCAAUAUUUAAAUCAUGUUGGAAUGCAAAAACUUUAAAUUAUUAUUCCAAUUUAUGAAUUAUGUAUACAAACUCCAAUAACAGAAUGGAAAACCUUAAUUAAUUAAUUAAAAUCAUAAAUUUUUACAUUAAUUUGGGCAUAGUUGAUUUUUGAAGGAAAUUACUCACUAUCAUCAUAUUAACCAAAAAUUAAGAUUGUUAACUUUGAUUCAAUUCAAAUUACUAAAUUAUAAUUUCUUAUAUAUGAGACAUUUGAAUUUAAAACUUUUAAUAAUGAUAAACCUAUUAAUUUUACAUUUUCUGAUUCAAUUUUUUUAUCAGAAAAUACUAAUAUACUUAAAUUUUAGAUAGAAGUUGAUUAAUGUCAUUAUCUUGAUAUUAAAAAUAUCACAUUUAAAAAUAUAAUAAUUUAAAAUUCUAUUUUAUUUUUGAUAAAUUUUUAAGUUUAAUCAAAUUCAUUUUCUAUAUUUAAUUUAACUAUGAAAAACUGCAAUUUAACUGAUACUACUAUAUUUUAAAUAAAAAAUGCUUUAUUUGAUGUCCAAAUAAAAAAUAUUUUGAUAGAAAAUUGUUACUUUUAGAACUCAACUAUCUUACAAUUUAUAAAAGAUAUUAAUUCUUCAUCAUUAAUAAAUAUCAAUAAUAUAAAUGAUCUUAUAAUUAUGAAAUCACAUUUUCAUAAUUCAUUGUUAAUUAUUGGGUUAUAAUCUCACUCGUUUAAUCUAAAAUAAAUUUCUUUAAUUAAAAAUGAAUUUUACUCUUCAAAAUUUAUGAUAUUUCAAAAUAAUCUUAAUAUCAUUUAAACAAUUUUAAAAGAUUGUUCCCUUUAUUAGUCAGAUUUUCUCAUUAAGUUGUCAAAUACAAAUUCAAAUACAUUAUUAAUUGAUAAAAUAGAUAUUUAAGAUAAUAUAAUCAUGAAUUCUUCUUUUAUUUUAACCGAAUAACAAUCAAUAAUUCAUCAAGUAGUUAUUAAAAUAAAAAAUCUUUAUAUAUAAUCUAAUAAAGUACCAAAAUAAUCAAACUCAACUAAAUACCUUUUUUAUUUUAAUUGUUAGAAUUUAUACCUAUAAAAUUUUGAGAUUAUGAAUUCUAACUAUUUUAAAUAUUUUUAUUUAUUAAGUGUCUCUUCUAUAAAUGUAGAAGAUUUAAUUUAUGUGAAUUUAUUGUAAAAUUUGAGAAUACCAAUAUCUAUUGAAUGUUUAGAAAUAGAUAUAGAAAGUUCAUAGCUAUUUUAUAUUUCAGGUUUUUUAACAGUGUCAUUUAAUAGAAUAUAAAUUAUAAAUCAGUAUAGCAUUGAUUAAUCAUUUAUUUAAAUUUAAUCGAAUUAAUCUGUAUUAAUAUCAGAAUAAGAAUAAAUUUAUAUAAAAGAUCUAAGCCUUUAAGGGAAUAUUUUAAUUAAAAAAAAUUUAGGUCUCAUUUACUCAUUAUUAACUAUCUAUUCUGAAAGAAAAUAAAAAAUUACUUUAGAAAACAUUUAUUUUAAAGAAAAUAGUUUUAAUUAAAUUAUUGAUGAUCCAUCCUAAGUUGUAUCUAGUUUGUUGUAUAUAAAUUCGUAGUCUAGUUUAGUUUUUAUUACUAAUUUAACAUCAUAAAGAAAUUCAUUAACUAAUUCAACUUCUCCUUUUAUCUAUAUUAAGGCUAAUACCAUUGCCAUAACUACUAUGUUAAUAAGCAAUCAUAAUUAUUUAAAUUAAUCAUUUUGGAAUUAAUAUUUUUAAGUAGAUUUGAAUGAAAAUUUUAAUUAGGAAUAAAUUAAUCAAAUUGCUAUCAAGAUAUUUUCAAUUAAAAAUAAAGGAGGUGUUUUAUCUAUUACUACUGAAAAUUUUUAAUUAGAUAAUAGCUUCUUUAAAGAAAUAUUAGCUUAAAGUAGUUCAAUAAUUGAUAUAGUAACUUAAGGUUAAGGCAUAGUUAAAAUUAAAAAUUGUUAAAUGCAUUCUAUAUAAAAUAUUUACUCUUUAAUUGAAGAUAAUGAAGGAGCUAUCUCUAUUUAUUCAAAAAAUAGUCUUUUAUUAUUGGAAUUGUAAGAUAUAAUUUUUAAUGAAAUGAAAAAUAAAUUGGCAUCUUCAUUAUUAUCAGUAAUUCCAUCAUAUAAGACAAAUAAAAUUAAAUUUUAAAAUAUUAUUAUCAAAAAUUGCAUCUCUCUCAUAAAUCAAUUUAUGAACAUCAAAUUUUAACUUUUGAAUGUAAAUUCGAAUUUUGUGCAAAUGGAGAAUAUACAAUUAUUUUAAAGUGAAGAUUAAUUUUUGUAAUAUUUUUAAAAUAUUGGUUCUAUCACAACCUAUGAAAUUAAAAAAAUUACUAAUGAUAAUGCUAUAAUUAAUUUAUAAGGAUGUAAUUUAUCAAUUAAAAAUUUAACAUUUAGUGGAAUUUUAUUAUCAUCUAUUUUAAAACUUGUAGAUUUACAAAAUAUAUAUCUAAAAGAUAUUAGGAUUUAUUAAGCUUAAUUAUUUUAUCCAAUCAAUUUAUUACAUUUCGGUUAAGCAUCAUCAAUCUCUUAUAGAGCAAUUUUAUAAAAUAUAUUAAUAAAAAAUUUGACUACAUAUAAUUUUUCAAAAUUAAACAUGAAUAUUAUCCCACAAUCUAACUAUGAAAUAAGUAAAAAAUAAUGUAUUAUAAAUUUUUAAUAAAUGAAUUUAAAUUUAGAAAUGCCAAAAUAAGUUUCUUGGAUUUUUGAACAAAUUUUAAUAUUAUCAAAUUAAUAGGGAAGUUUAUUAUAUUUUUAAAAUGACCGAUCUUAAAUCAAUAUAAAAAUGUUUUAAAUAAUUAUAUAAAAUAAUGAUUGCUAAGAAUGUUGGAAUGGGAUGAUAUUUUUUGAUUUAGCAUCAUACUUGUCAAUUUAAAUUACAGAAUUAACUUGUAUAAUGAAUAAAAUUAAAAACUAUGGAUGUUUAAUUGGUAGAUCAAAAUAUUAAGAAGAAUCUAAAUUAUUAAUAAAGAAUUCUUUAUUUUACAUGAAUUUUGGAAAUAUCGGAACAGCAAUAACUAUUGAAAAUAUUAAAUUAGUACUUUAAAAUUCUAAAUUGUUAAAUAAUCAUGCUACAUCUUUAGGAGGAGCACUUUAUCUUAAAUUGUAAAAUAAUGAGUUUAAAAUAAGUAAAACUCUAAUAUUGAAUAAUAAAGCUUAAAAAGGAGGAGGAAUUUAUUUAGAAGGAAAAAGCAAUUUAAAUCAAAAAAAUUUAAUUAAAUCUUAAUUGUAAUUAAAUUCAGCAUCUUUAUUGCCUAAUAAUCUUUAAGAAAUGCCAACUCAUUUAGCAUUAUCAAUUAAUAACUUUGAAAUGCAUUCAAAUUAAAUAAAAUAUACUCAAUUCACAUGUAAUAGUUUAUUUUUAAACCCUUAUCGAACUGUUUAAUAAGGAAAGAUAUUAUUAACAAAAGUUUUAAAAAUACCAAGUAAUUAAGAGAUAAUCAAAUAUAAGAUAUAUAAUAUUAAAUUGCUGAGAUUUUAAUAAUAUUUAUAAGAAUUUUCUAUUUCCUUUAGAAAUAGUUUAAAUGAAUUAUUAUCUAAUUUUUCUAAUUCAUCUUGUCAAAUUUAUAAGUAAAUUUUAUAAAACAAUGAUAAUAAUCUUGAAAUUAUAGAUUCAGUGAAAAUUGCAAAUGCUGAAUAUAAUUCUAAAUAAAAUAACUUUGAUUUGGGUUUCUUAUCUAUUACAAUAGAUCCAUAUCAACAAAAUAAUGCAAUAUAAUAAAUACAAAUUUAAUGCAAUUUUGGUGAUUAAGUAAAUAAUGAUUUAAUUUAUGAAAUUGAAAUUAAAGGUUUCAUGUGUUAAUUAGGAGAAUUUUACAUUUAAUCAGGUUGUUAAGUUUGUUAACCAAGUUAAGGAUAUUACUCAGUAACAUACAACUAAACUAAAUGUUCAAUUUUUGAUUAAAAUAAAUUUUAAUCAAUAACUUCAAAUUAGAUUUAACUUAAAAAAGGUUAUUGGAGACCUGAUUAUUUAUCUGACUAUACAGAAUUUUGUUUUAAAAAUUCAGAAUUAUGUGAAGGAGGAUGGUAAGUAGGAGAUGCUUUAUGUAUUGCAGGUCAUAUAGGAGGAUUAUGUGAAGAAUGUGAUAUAUAUAAUAUUAGAGGAUAUGGGUAUUUUUAAAAAUUUUAAUAAAAUGCUGAUUGUCGAGAUUGCUUAUAUUCUAUAGACAUUAUUAUUCCUUUUAUUUUCACUUCCAUUUGGUAAUUUAUAAUAUUAAAUAUUAUUAGGGCUAUCAUUUCCACUUUAUUAACUUUAAAGAGUAUUGAUAAAUCAAAUAAAUUAUUUUCUAGUUUAAAAAUAAGAUAAAAAUAUGCAAAAAUUAUCUUUAAACUUGAUUAAGGUAAUGUAUUAAUUUAAUCAAUAGAUCAUGGAAGUAUAUUGUUAAAACUAUUUCUAAAUUAUGUCUGGAUUUUUUCAGUUAUAUUUACAUUUAAUAUUAAUUUUUCCUUUUAAUUUACAUUUAUUGAUUAAGCAAGCAACACUUCAUUUUUUAUGGCUAAUAAUUUAGAUUGUUAUUUAUCAGAGAUAGAAAAUAUCUAUCUCAUAUAUAAUAGAAUCAUUACAAUGUUUAUUUUAAUGAUUUUAUAACUAUUAUUAAUAUCUUUUGGAUAUAAGAUAUUUACAAUAUGUAAAAAGUAGAAAUUUAAUUAUAGCACUAUUUCAACUACAAUAUUACAUUUAUAUAUUUCAAAUUAUGCUUCAUUAAUAAAACAGUAUAAAUAAAUUAUUAAUCUUUAGACUCUUAUCUUUAUUGGCAAAGAGGAUUAUCUCCAAUAUUGAAUAUAUAUAAGGAGAUGUAUCAUUAAAAUAUAACUAACCUAAUCAUCAAAAAUGGAUUAUAAUGUUUGUUUUACCAGGAUUAGGUUUGAUUGGAUGCAUUAUACCUUUUUCAAUUUUCUUUCUUUUAUACAUUAAAAGAGAAAAACUUGAUUAAAUUAAAUUCAGAAAACAUAUCUGCUAUUUAUUUAAUGAAUAUAAUUAUGAAAAUUACUCAUGGGAAUGUGUCAAAUUAUGUAAAAAAACAAUUAUUAUAAUUAUUAUGACAUAUUAUGAAACAAAUAUUUUAUUAAAAGCUUCAUUACUUGGAUUAUGUUUACUGAUUUAUUAGUUAUGUGCAGUCAAACAAAAACCAUAUAUAAUUAAAAAUUUAAAUGAAUUAGAUGUAUCUACUGGAUAAAUAUGUUCUAUUGCUAUUUUUUUAGCAGCAUUUAAGUAUGUAAGUGAAUAUUGUUAUUUACCUGCUGUAAUAAGAAAAUAUUAUUACCUCAAUUAUUCUAUAAAUGUUUUUAGUUUUCCUAUGUUUGAAACUUAGUUAUCCUUUUAUUGUUGA